AUGACAUCAUCCUCAACCUCAAAAUUCGCUAAGAUUUCCGCUGCUGGGGCUACUGCAGCUCCUUCGAAACUUCCAUCAACCUCUGAGCAUCAAUCUCAGGGUUCGUCUGGUUCACGUAAGACCUUAGACCUAGAGCCCAAUCCUUUUGAGCAGUCGUUUGCUCAAACUAAGGAUGGCCAUGCAGAUACAGCAGGAUCCAAUGGAGCAGAUGAAGGCAGUAAAGGCGUUGAAGUCACAGGAGCUGGAGCUGGAGCCGGUGGAGAGGUUGGCAUCGAUGAAGCAUCUAGGAUCAAUGGAGGCAGUCAAAGUAAUGCAAAUGGAGCCGCGCUUGCUACCUCUAAAACUGCAACUGUUACUUCAGUUCCUAGUUCUCUAGCAGCUAUCGCUUUACCUCAAAGCUUUAUGCAUCAGCAGCCACAGGUCAAAUCUGAUGCUCAGGCACAGCCUCCUCAGCAGCUCUCUCCUCCAGUGCUAACUCCAGGUGGAACACGUAGACUUCAUACUUCAAGUAUGCUACCUCCCCUGGUAGGUAUGAUGUCUCCUGGUGGAGGCUCUCUGCCUGGAACGCCUGGGCUUUGGUCUGCAUUCUUUAGUGGUGGUGGUGGUUCAGGAACCCCUGGCAGUGCAACUGCCCAAUAUUUCAAUAUUAAUCCUUUGAAUGGAGCCAGUGAUCCACAGCAGCAACAAAAGCAACAGCAACAGCAACAGCAGCAGACUUCUGCUCAGGCUCAGCAGGGACAGCAAUACUUUAACUUUGUGUCUGACUCCAGGAAGGCUGGCCUAACUCCUAACGAAAGUUCUAUGAGGACAGGUAUCACUUCUGGAGGUGGUAUGUUAUCAGCGCAUCUCCCUGGAAGUAAUGGAUUCAAUUUAAUGAUGGGAACUAUGCCUUCUGACCCUAUUUCCGGGAUUCCUUCCACCCCUGGAGGGUCACUUGCCUCGUUUACUCUACAAGGUAGUGCUACUGGGGAGGGAAACCGAGGCACGGGAGUCACGGGACUUUCACAGCCUCUAAACUUGCCCAAUCUGAAGCUGCCAGAUAGUAUUACCACGCAUAAAAGUAAGGUGAACAGCAAGAAGAUAUGGGACGUGAAAUCUUUGGGGGUGGCGGCUGAUAGUUCUGGAGCUUUUAAGGGAAAGCAUUCACUGAAAAACAGUGAUAAAGAGUUGUCCAAUAAGAAAAGAAAAUUAAGCGUAAAGAAGGAAGCUUCUGCUACAUCAUCACCACCACCACCACCAGAUAACUACGAAAGUGGUAACGGUAGGAAGAGAAAAUCUCGCGGUGAGAUGACGGAAGAAGAGAAGAGACAGAAUUUCCUUGAGAGAAACAGACUUGCAGCGUCUAAGUGUAGGCAGCGGAAGAAGAGGAUGGUGGAGAAUAUGAAGGAAGAAUUGGACUUUUACACCAAACAAUAUCAGAGUCUGAACUCUCAGGUCAGUAUAUUGAGAGAGCAUGUGCUGACAUUGAGAACGAUCUUGUAUGCUCACAAGGCAUGUCCGCAACUCGUCGAGCAGGUAGGCGGCAUAGAGACUCUCAAUACUUUACUAAACGGUACAAACUACGUGGCCCAGCUUCCACAGGCACAUCAGGCUCCUCCACCAACCCAAUCUCCCCUAACUACUCAAGAGAUUUCGAGCUUACAAAGCCUCCCCUAA